AUGAACACCGUGACCGCCGGUCCACGCAGCUUCUCGCCGCCGCUCAAAGCCCGCUACAGUGAUACUCCUGGCGGCGGCGAGUGGUCUUCUUACAGACAUUACACCGAUCAUCGCUCAAGUUAUAUCAACGGCUCUCACGGCUCAGACUCGAUCAACAUGGAGCCCGUAAAAAAAUCAGGCGGCAAGAUGCCCAUCUACAACUCCAGCCAAGACUUCUCUCGCCUCGACCUCUCCAAACUCUUCGAACCAGUUCCCAUGAACCACAAAUCCUUCCUCGAUCCAGAGUAUGAGGCCGAAAUGCUCAAGCACAAACGUGACGUCCUUCAAUCUGUCGUCGACUCGCAUGGUACUACUUGUUUAACGUCCCAACUAGUUCCAAAUUUGCUGACUCUGUCUAUAGACAUAUCUCGCAGUGUCCCUGUUCUUUCUUCUCUAGAUGAGUGCCGCAUGCUGCAAUACAUGUGCGAGUGUCUCGAGGCUGCCUGCAUGCUCAAAGGCAUUGAUGCCAACCAGCAACUCAGAGCCUCUUCCGCCAGUGCCCCUGCCAGCUUCCGACCGUGGCUUUCUCGUAACCUGACCAAGCAGGAUCCCGUUUUUGCCAGCAUUAUUGCUGGCGGCAAGAGCCUCGACGAACUUCCGCGAACCCUCAAGUGCCCCCUGCGUGGCUGUCGUCAUUAUGUGUAUGGUUUUGCUACCAAGGAGGAGCUACAGGCGCACACGCGCACUCACUUAGUCCCCGGUGAAGAGCGACUCCAGGAUCAAGACGAAAUCAAUGCCCGCCGCACUAUGCAGUACCCUGGCAAACCCGAGAUGGAUCCUGUUCAGCAGCCUCGCACGCCACCUGAGCAGCGCGAACCCAUCGAGAGAGACUACGCACGCGCCGAUGGUAUGGACCACGAUGGCAUUCAACCCCACGCCUUUAUGCGCCCCAAGUCUCCAACUUUGACCGGCACCACUCUUUCGCCUAACCCCGACGGCACCGCAUACGGCGAAGUCAACCACAACCGCUACUUUCCGCCUUCAGAACCUCACCACUCCCCACGGUUACGUCCAUCGGAACAAGAGCCUCGGCACGAGUCCAUGCACAUAGACUCGCGUCGCGAAUCUGCGCAUCACGAUGCCUUGCCACCCAUCAGACAGCUUGACCUGCCCUCUGAUCAGGGCCUUCAGCACCACGGCUACAUGUCGGCACCCCAGUUACAGCCACCAACCCAACCCAGCCACUUACCCCGUCUCGAUACCCUUGCAGGCUCCUCCUUCCACUCUGAGGCUCCAUCAUCACCCCGACUUCGCAUCCGUGCCCUGGAACGUGGCCUUUCUGAUCGCGGUCACUCUGACGCUCAAACCUCGUUCAGUGGCCAGGACUCUUUGCCCCCAUUUUCCGCUCUGGAUCCUACCGGCAGCGCAAUUUCUGCUCGCCUCCAACCAAUCCACGAAUCCGACAGAGUCUUCAAACAGGAAGUCAGCAACGGGCCCGUACAUAUCAAGUCAGAAUCGAAGCAACAUCUUGAGGAGCCCUGCUUUCGCUGUACUGGUCAAGAAGCCGGUUCUUGCAAGUGCAUUGCUCCUCUACGAGACGACGACUCGCACUGGCACCGCGUCGACACCUACAGAGGCACUGUUGCGUCUGUCGCCAAAAGCCUGGUGCCAGGAUCCCCCAUUGGCGAGCGACCUUCUAGACAUGGCACUCUGUUGUCUGGCCCCAUUCGACAGGAGGCUGUCCGCAAGCUUCGUCGUGACGUUGAUGAUUACCUCCGAUCCGUUUUGCGCUUCCCUGACAACAUUCGCAUUGGCAUUCGCGACAUGACUGAUUUCAAUGACUCCUUUUGGCGUAUGGGCGAUCUGAGCCAUGAGAAGAAUAUUAUAGAGCAGAUCGUUGCCACCAACGCUUGGAAUAUUUUUACCCCCCCACCUGCCAUUCUUUGCACACUUCUCUACAUGAACCUGAGAACCCAACAACCUUAUAACAUCAUUCACCUGAUUGGCACCAGCGGUAGAUUCUCGACCAGUCGACGAGAUGAGGAGCGUACCAGCCCUGCCCUCUACCACGCCAAGCACCUCCUCCGCGAAGUUACCUUUUACGGCCUCUCCGGGAACACCCCCUUCAUCUGCGCACCUUUCGCAGAGAGACGCGGACCACCAUUCCCCGAAGACGCUGUGCGAGACGACCAAGCCGAAGUUGUGGAGACAUGUAUGGCCACCUUCCUCCGCGCCUUUGAGGCCAGCUGCAGAGACGGCAAGGAUAAGACACCGAAGCAGUGGAUUGCGCUGUUUUCGUCCCUCAUCAUGUUUAAUCUGUCCGGCGUAAUUCUUGGCGGAGCCGCAAAGGCCUCGCUCGAGAAUCCCGUCAAUGCGGAUGACCACUCAUUUGCCCUCGCAUUCUGGGACAACAUCCGCAGCACCUUUGACGUUCUGCUUGACCUCUUCUUCGAUCUCGGCCCCAUGCUGUUUGAUCGAGUCUCACAAGAUUGGGAUGAUGACGACAUCACGGCAUAUGACAUGAUGGCCAAGGCGCUUGCGUAUGGCGACUGGAAGAGCAGGGGUAUUGCCAACUCAGAAGAAUUCUUGCUCGCACUCUCCUCCUUUACAUUUGAGGACUCCAUCGAGUCUACAAAACAAGUGACCAAGACGAUGGGCAUGAAUCGAGAAGAACCAAAGAGAGGCCCCCAGCGAUCCGACGUCUCGCGAAGACCAUCAUAUCAUGGUGAAUAUCCUUCACGGACAUACACUGACUAUAGUCAAGACCGCCAUAGACAAUCAAUAACGCCGGGACUCUCUCGCUCGCAGACUGACUCUGCCUAUAGAAUCGGCGGCAGCAAUGGAGGCUCUGAAUUCAAGUCGCGUGUCUUUUCGAGGGACCAUGGCUCAGUUUCGGUUCGCAGCGAGUAUGCCCACUCUGAGGCUGGUUCAAACAAGGUUCAUGAAUAUCUCCGCUCCGAAGGCGGCUCAUUACGAAUCAACGACCAUACAUGGCACUCUGUACAGCACUCUGGCCCCUCGCGCCGUUCAUCACCGGGGCCGACGGAGCAUAACUCACUAUCGCCAACCGGCGUUGUGUCUCCCGACGGCCGGUCGCCAAUGUCCAUGGCUAAUCUGAUUGGCAAAGCUGGCCCAUCCCCUCAUGCGCCCGGCAGGGCCCUCAGCCCAAGAAGCGAAAUAAGCAGAAGUGAUGCGGGGUACGGAUACUCAAGACACCAUGAUAACCGCACCGCCUCUCAUGGCGGUCUAGCGUCCCGUGGCGACCGCCUGGAUCGUCGUCCAUCAAUCACUGGCUCAUCUCACUCUGUCACCUCAUCCCGCCGUGACAGCAGCGCACCCGUUGCCAUUCCGUCUGGGCCGCCCAAUAUUAAGCCCACGUACCAGAGACCACCGCUACGCCGAGUGUACUGCACUCACUGCAAUGACUACCCCGAAGGAUUCCGUGGCGAGCACGAGCUGCGACGCCACACGCACGCACGCCACGCGGCAUUGGUUCGCCGCUGGGUUUGCCGAGAACCGCCCAGGAGGCACCCUAACCAGCCUUGGACAUCUGUUCCUCUCAACACCUGCAAGUCGUGCAUGGCCCAAAAGAGCUACGGCGCUUACUACAACGCCGCGGCGCAUCUACGUCGUGCCCACUUCCCACCCUCACGCAAUGGCAAGUCUGCGAGUGACUGGCCGUCUAUGUCUGUCCUGAAGGAGUGGAUGCAAGAAGUUUGUGUUGCCCCCGAUGCGCAAAGCGAGGGCAAAGGCAAGGGCAAAGGAAGGGCUACCUCUGAUGGCCAGCUCGUUGAUCUGGACAGUGACGACGAGAUGGAAGACGUCAACGGCCAAGAUGAUAGUUUGGAACCCAGCAACCCCGGCAACAUGGAAAGCGCGCCCGCAUCGAGCACUCCCAACAGAUCGGGCUCGGGCGAUUCCCCAGAUGAGCCGGCAGGUGGGCAAAAGUGCCCAUACCCGGAAUGCGGACGUGUGCUGCGUGACCUCGCCGCACACAUGCUGACGCAUCAGGCCGAGCGACCGGAAAAGUGCCCCGUCCCUUCAUGCGUGUACCACACCAAGGGCUUCGCGCGCAAGUACGACAAGAACCGCCACGCGCUGACGCACUACCGCGGCACGCUCAUUUGCCCUCUGUGCCCGACCAAGGGUGAGAACAAUGUCGAGAGCGUGUUUAGCCGCGCAGACGUCUUCAAGAGACAUCUCGCGUCAGUGCACAGUGUCGAGACGAGCACCGGCCCUCAGACAAACGGCGAAGACGCCCCCUCGGCGGCGGCCGCGACCGAAAUGUCUGCUUCCAUGAUGUCGCGCCCCGUGGCGGACCCCAAUACGCUGCAAAAUCAGGGCCGCUGCUCCAUCUGCAACGCCUACCACCCGUACGCGCAGGAAUUCUACGAGCAUCUCGAUGAGUGCGUGCUUGCGGCACUUGUAGCCCCCGAUACGCUUGCCAAAACGCAGCUGAGCCGCAGCGGCAGCGGCAGCACCUACGCCGCGAUGCCGCCGCCACCACCCCCGCGCACAGGCUCGCCAACUUACUCGGUCGGCUCGGGGCGCUCCCAGAAUACACAAGGCAGCCGUCUGCACCACGGUCCGUCGGCUCCGGCUACGUCUGCGCCAUAUGGCUACCGCCCGUACUCGGACCACGGCUCCCGGCCGGGCAGCGCGGCGUCGGCGCGGAGCUUUGACUCGUCUGGGCGUCGAUCGGGCCUGAUUCACGUGCACGCGCACACGCAGCUGCACGCGCCUCGGCCGAUGGGUGUGCCUCUGCCACCGCCGUCUGCGUGCGGCUCCUUUGACUCGGAUCUCAACUAG